ACACGAACCAUUCUGCACCUAUUUUGCCGCCGGCAUGUUACUAAGUGGAAGAGGGGCUGGUGAGUGGAAGAAAUCACCCGAGCGAGAUAAGACCAUUGAGGAAAAAACGUGGAAUUGCCGAUGGUCGGAUCUACUCCGAUGAACGAGACCCACACGCUCCAAUGACUCCAGCCCGCGGGCCUUCACUUCAACGUUCCAUUGAUAAAAGAAGUCGAUGGCUCCCAACAGCCUCAAGAGGGUGAGAAAACUUUCUUUUCCGGAUCCUCGUGCUAGGAAAUUAAGACGAACCCAAGAACCUGGGACUCGGUAAACCCACAAGUUCACUCCAGUUUUCCAACAACCCUCUCACCUUACUCCGAAAUGACACCCACCGAAAACCCGGGCUCCGACCCGGAGAAGCGGGUCCACACGGACAUUCUCCCCUCCACCACCGGCCCCUCCCCCCUCGAAGACGACCCCGUCUCCCAAAAACACCACAUCACCGACGAAACCGGCGCCCUCGCCGCCUCAGCCCUCACCUCCGCGCCGCUCGACGCCUCCGAAUCCCGCUCUAUCCUCACCAAACUCGACCGCCGCAUCCUCCCCUUCCUCUGCAUCACCUACGCCCUCCAAUUCAUCGACAAGACUUCGUUGGGGUACAGCUCCGUCUACGGCAUCAUCAAGGACAACAAGCUCGUCGGGCAGCAGUACAGCUGGGCCAGCUCCAUCUUCUACUUUGGCUACCUCGUAGCAGAGUACCCCGGCGUCGCCGUCCUGCAGCGGUUCCCCGUGGCCAAGUUUCUGGGCGUGAAUAUCGUGCUGUGGGGUAUGAUUCUCAUGACCACCGCGGCGUGUAGUUCCUUUGCGGGGCUGGCAUCCGUGAGGUUCCUGCUGGGCGUGACGGAGGCGACGAUUUCGCCUGGGUUCGUGGCCGUCACGGGGAUGUGGUGGACGCGACAGGAACAGGCUGGUCGCUCGGCGCUGUGGGUGUCGUUCCUUGGCGUCGGGAGCUUUGUCGGGACGUUGCUCGCAUACGGCAUCGGGCAUAUUACGGGCUCGCUGUCGCCGUGGAAGUACAUCUUUCUGAUUCUGGGCGCCAUCACCGUCAUCUGGGGCGUUAUCUUUACGAUUUUCGUGCCGGAUGGGCCGGCCAAGGUGACGUGGUUGACGGAGAGGGAGAGGGUCGUGGCUGUGCAGCGCGUGGCGGAGAAUCAGACUGGUACGGGCCGGAGCAGGACGUUUGUUAAAGCGCAGGUGCUUGAGGCGGCGAGGGACCCGGCCGUCAUCAUCUUGGGUUUGAUUUCGUUUGUUAAUGCGAUUGCAUCGGGUGGAUUGGCGUUCGGGUCGUUGAUUAUUCAGGGGCUUGGGUUCAGUCCGCUUAACACGACGCUUAUGAACUUGCCGCUUUCUACUGUGCAGGUUGUCACGCAGCUGGGGGCCGGUCUCUUGAGCAGCAAGAUUAAGAGUUCUAGGUUGCACGUCGGUACCGUUGCCAUGAUCCCGCCGAUCAUCGGAACCUGCCUCAUCAACCAACUCCACGCAGACAACAAAUGGGGCCGCCUCGUCGGCGUCUGGCUGCUGGGCUCCUACCCCGUCGGCUUCAUGGUCAUCCUUGGUCUGCUCUCGACCAACAUCGCCGGCAGCACGAAGCGCUCCGUCGCCUCGGGCUGGGUUUUCGUGUGCUACUGCGUCGGGCAGAUUGCCGGCCCGCAGUUCUUCAAGAGCACCGAGGCGCCGGCAUAUCACAGCGGUAUCGUGGCCAUGCUGUGCGGGUUUAUUCUCAACCUGGUCUUGAACCAGAUUCUGCGGUUCAUCUAUGUCUUGGAGAAUAAGAAGCGCGAUCGGAUGCUGGAGGGUAAGUCUGAGGAGGAAGUGAAGGAGAUGCAACGGGAGGGCGAGGUGCUUGGGUUCGAGGAUGUGACGGAUAAAGCUAACCCCAUGUUCCGAUAUGUUCUUUGAGCAAGAAUGACCGACCAGGUCUAAAUGGCCGAGGGGAUCUCAUGUUGAAGUGUCACAUGAGGGGUUCGCUAGGUGCGGUACAAGAGUAUUCCAAGCCGAACUUUUCUUUGUCUAAUCAUAAAGUCUUGAUAUUUAAACCCUCAGAAAGAAUUCCACACGGAG